GAGGAGAUAAUUACUGACUCUGACUUGAGAGAAAUUGACCUGUACUCCUUCCAAGGUCUCCUUAAGCACGAGGGAAAAGCCAAGUUUGGUGCAGCUCAUCACCAGUGGCAAAUAGAUGCGGCAAAUUUCAAUAUUGAUGACCAUUACCCAGUUAGGGAGUUAUGGGGCACGUGCUAG